AGGUUCACUUGAAAUACCAAAACAAUACAAUAGCGAUAAAGUGCUGUAGCUAAGAAAAACAUAAUUGCACAUUGGUAAACUAGUAAACACUAGCAGAAUGGGUACACCUCGCAGGGGAUUCAACCAUUUCCAGCCAUACUCCCAGGAAUUCCGACACUAUCCAUCCCAGGCCUGUGAAUAUAUGUCGCAGAAUGUUGGCGGACAAAAUAACCAGCAACAAGCGCCAGAUCAACCCCAUUUUGGCUUCUACGAGGACAAACAGAGUAUCUCACAGCAAAAGCCAAGCACACCACAUUUCUAUCAGAAUAAGGCGCCCCAGGAGCAAAUGCACCGAUCCCGGCCUCAACAGCAACAGCCAUAUGGCCAGGGCCGAGGUCGUAACUUUGGCAGAGGGAGAGGGGGCUUCAAUCGAGGGUCCAACCACCCCUUUAAGGAUCAAGGCUCCCAAUACUUUCAUCCCUCCAUGCUAGAGGAUCCUUGGCGCGACCUAAUGAACCGCCACAAUGCCAUCCACUCACCAAGCGCGGGUGAGAAACAAGCCGGUGUUAAUGUAACUAGUUUGUAAAAUAUUAUAUAUUAG